AUGGUACCUUUAGCGUUUUGCUCGAGAAUAGGUUUGAAACGCAAAAAUAUUGCAAUUGCUUACAGCGACUUGAGUUUUGAAUUUUGGAUACCGGGAAAAUGUAUGGGUAGAGCAUUUUCAGAGCAAAUUCACAGUAUUUGGGCGCGUGUUUCAAAAACACCCGAAGAGCGAAAUCGAAGUAUAAAAAAUAUCGAAAGAUUCUUUGAUGUUAACGAAUUUAUCAAAAGACCCAAUGAUCUCGAAUUUUGA